AACAUUUAAACGGAUUUUUGUUUGAUCAAUAUUUGAAUUUUUUCAGCCAUUAAAUCUCAACAGAAUUGUGUAAAAAAGGAAGAAAAGAAGGAAAAAGCUGUGAAUGUGAAUAAUGGCCAAGUCUACAAAUGGGCCAAAGAGCAUGACGCCACAAGUGCUGCGAGAGCUGUGCAAGAAGAACAACUUGUACCUCACACCAAAGCUCAACGAUGUGCUCUAUCUGCACUACCAGGGCUUUCAGGAUAUUGGUGGUCUGGAGGAGUACACGGGGCUCAAGUGCCUGUGGCUGCAGUGCAAUGCAAUAGGCGAAGUGAAGGGCUUGGACAAUCAGGUGGAGCUCAGGUGCCUCUAUCUGCAGAAUAAUUUGAUUAAGAAAAUUGAGAACUUGGGGCAGUGCACCCAGCUGGAUACUCUCGAUUUGUCCCACAAUCAACUUCGACGUGUCGACAAUUGCACGUCCGACGUCCUUCCUGUCCUUCACACCCUCACCAUUGCCCACAAUUUCAUACGAACAGCAGCGGAUAUUGAGGAUUUGACAAGAUGCCAAAUGUUGUCGGUGCUGGAUCUUUCGCACAAUAAAAUUGACGACAUUCUUGUGGUGAAGACUUUCGCACGAAUGCCCAAUUUGCGCGUGCUCACGCUCACGGGGAAUCCCAUUGUGGGCUCAAUCCCAUCCUACCGGAAAACCCUCAUUCUUGAAUGCCUCAAUCUCAACUACCUCGACACGAGGCCGGUAUUCCCGAAGGAUCGUGCCCUGGCUGAAGCAUGGAAGCGUGGUGGCUACCAAGCGGAGAAGGAGGAAAAUGAGCGAUGGAAUCGCGAGGAGCGACGCAAAAUGCGAGAAAAUAUCAACAGAGUCCUUCGCAGGAGGAAUGAGAUCAAAGGCCAACAGAUGGUCGAAUUGGUGGCAAGUAGCAGUGAUGAGGAGGAAUUCACGAAAUCCCAAACUGAAGAUCUCGAAGUGAAGAUUAAAAAAUUUAUUGAAGAUGUUGAACGAUGCUCUCAAGGAAUUUCGGAAAUAUCUCCUCCUGCAUUCGAAGAAGAAGAAGAAGCUGACAAAGAAAAUACAUCCGAAUGCCCAAUAAUUCCUAAAGAAGAUCCUUACCUAAUCCCUUCUGACCUUCCACCUUUGGAAAGCAAUGAGAGCUACGAGAGAGGAAGUAGCCUGGAAGUGAAUGCAGAUUCCGAAGCUUCAGCCACCGUGUCUGAUGCCACAGACACAGAUAAGGCGAAUUUAAUUGAAGAUAAAUUAGUACCUAAUAAUUCACAUGAUGAUGAGGAGGCAGCAAUCAUUAAUGUCAUUAAUGGUGAAAACAAUAAGCUUGAGGAGACGCAGCAAAAUGAUGAAAAUGAAAUGUUAAUGGCAUGCAAAAUUAAUGCUGACCAAGAUGAGGUGAAGUGCAAUGGAACAGAGUUGAUAAUUCCAGAGAUUAAAGAGGAAUUAGCAGAAGAGGUGACAAAAGGUGACACAUUGGAUAGUAUUGGCCUUUCUACAAGAGCCACAAUGGACACAGACAGGGCGUUCCCAUCAACUUCUUCGGAAAAUCAUUCUCGGGCUUCUCAGACCCCUUCACCAAUGAUCAGCAUCUUGAGCAUCACCAUCCCACCGGAUUCUUUCUCAUCUACUACACCCAAACAUAAGAUAGAAGUUGCUCCAAAGUACCAGAAAACAUCCCCUGUGAAGAGAAAGUCCUCCAAAGAAUUUCAUUCAACUUUCAAUGAAUUCUUGGAGUCUUGCGAGCGUGUGCUGCAGGAAGAAAAGACAGAGUCGGAGAGACUCUUCGCAAGGUACACUGAAGAAGUCAAUAAGAGCUACCAGGAGAUGCUAAAGGAGACCACCCACACCCCGGAGGAACCUUCAGCUUCCACAUCGCAGGAAAUGGAGGAUUUUGAGCGGGAAAUUGAGGAAAUUGGGACUAAAGUGCAAAAUCUCAAUGAAGCAAGAAUGGAGAAGUUCCGGGAAGAUAGCCGAGAGGUACGUCAGCUAAUUGAUGGAGUAUUUGAGAAGGUUAGCAGUGGUGGGGAUGAAGAAGUAACCUUUAGGGAGGAUUGCAAGAUCAUCACGGAUAAAUUAGAAAAACUCUCUGUUCUAAUUGAAAAUCCACCUGUUAAUCAAUUUGACGAGAUGAUUGAGAAAUUUUGCACAGAGACAAAUGAAAAGGGAGCUACAGCUGAAGAAAGUUGGGCCACUGAUUCAAAGAUGAAGAAAAUUGAGAAAUUCAUGAACUCCAUUGAACCAGCUCGGGAUUCUUCAUGUUUUUCUGGGUGUAGUGCAACUGAUGAGGCAAUUCAAAUUGAAGAUAUUGAAUUUUGCCAACCUCCAGGAGAAGCUACGGAAGACAACGCUGAGGAAGUCUCCAAAGUCUCCAACGAUGAAGAGCGCGAAGAUUAAAUAAAACAUAAUUUUGCUUUUUAUGUAAAAAUUCUCUGUAUUUAUUAAAUCAAUUAAACAAUGAUGUUUCCUUUUCCGUU